AGCUACGAACGAGCUCAAACCUACUUUGAGCAUCGGAGCACUAUAACUAUAGCUCAUUCAACGACCUACUAAUAAUCGAACGACUGACUAGCUAAAUGUCUCGUCUCUGAUAACGACACUGUGGAAUCCUCACUUGAAAGGCUUGCGAUAAGUACCCAGCUCUUAUUACCAGCAAUCAAAACGAUAGACGGUGUAGUGCAAUGUCACGAGAGAAGCUCAUUUCGACAACGACAGUGGCUCUUUAUGGGCUGCUGCUGGUUCAGUUGAUUAGCUGCUGCAGUGCCGAGGAGACUAAUAGCAAAAUGGUGAACGUUCAGGCGGCAUUCUCCGAGCACGAAGUUGUUCCCGAUGUGGUGGAUGCAGCUCCGAAAGAACUGUUGAAGGUAUCCUAUCCCAGCGGUGUAUUUGCCAACGGAGGCGAUGAGCUCACACCGACACAGGUGAAGGAUCAACCAAAUCUGGAAUGGUCGGCCGAUCCAAAUGCUUUCUACACCCUGUUCAUGGUGGACCCGGAUGCUCCCAACCGGCAAGAUCCAAAGUUCCGCUCCGUUUGCCACUGGUACGUGGGAAACAUCCCCGGAGAUAAGGUCGACCAGGGAGAUCAUCGCAUUGCGUUCGUGGGAUCAGGGCCACCCCAAGGCAGCGGACUUCACCGGUAUAUCUUCCUGGUGUACAAGCAAACCGAUGGACGGGUUGACCUAUCGGAGGCACCGCGCACUUCCAAUCGAAGUCGGAACAACCGGCUGAACUUCCAGCACAAGGACUACGUGAAGAAGUACAACCUGGGCGAACUCGUGGCGGGCAAUUUCUAUCGGGCACAGUUCGACGACUAUGUGCCGACCCUGCACGCCCAGUUGUCCUCUGGGACGGAGUAACACAAUGCAAAUUAAAUGAUGAACUCAUUAAUUUUUUGUUUUAAAUUAUGGAGACAAGGUUCUCAAUUUUAACCAUUCUUUCAAAUUCUCUACAAUUCACUUUUUAAUGUAAAAUUAUAAUAAAUAUUUUGAGGCAAAAUCUAA